AUGAACUGGACAGGAGGUCGCCUGCGGCGUCAGUCACGCAAUCGACCUGAUUCUAUUUCAAAAAUUCAGAAACAACACUUCGCCCGUGCGCGCAUCAAGCAACAAGAAUCCCGUCAGAAGACGCGGAUUGCUUCAAUUGAGAAGCCUUCCUUUGUCUUCAACUCAAGAAAGUCCGGCGAGUCGUCUCAUUUUAUUGCCGAUAACCAGUCUACCCAAUCGUUUGCUCGUAUGGAUCAAACCUUUCAAAGUUCGAAGCUGAGACAAAAUCAAGCAAACUCGUCAGAUACUAGUGGGUAUUUUGGAGCUGGAAAUAGGGAUUUAGAGACACAAUCGAGCACUGCCUAUGUCGAUCUCCUCAAAAAGUAUCUUCUCGACCAGAAAGACUGGGUGGGUCUUUCACCGACACGUCCGUUGCAAAUGAAAUUCAUCCCAAUCGAAGAGAAAGAAAGGAUAGGAAAGAGACGAAAAUUAUCCAGAGAAGAUGAAGUAAGAAAAACCGCCAUGACCAAACAUGCUACGAGCCUUGCACAUAUAUCUUCACAUGCGGACAGACCACAAUCAGGCGGAGGCCGUCAUGAUGGGACAGAUUGGAAUCUAAAGAUUCAUAUCAGUAGUCCUCAGAGAAUGAGAAGGACUCAGGAGUACUCUGAGUCGCCGAUCAGGUCAAUGUCGUCAGACACGAUGCUUUCUGCGUUUGGAGAAGCAAAUGAAGGAGACAGUUUUCCAGAGCAAAAGGAGCGGGACAGUCGUGUGCAGUCCAACAGGGAAAACGAGCUUGUUACAAACAGCUUCGUUCACGGUCCUGACAGUCAAAGCUGUUCAGCUCAGGAUUGCGACAACACCGCUGAUCUAGCAGAAACUGAAGCUCGUAUACGGAGCUCACCUAUAGCCGUGCUGCAUCGAUUUACCUUGGAUGACCAAGUUUUAGCGGAACGUUUGGCGAACUCCCAGAUGGAAGCGGAAUCUCCAAGGAGUCAUCGAUCCGAUAAUUACUCUAUAAUGCUUAGCCAUGAAUUGCAGAGGCACCAUGGCACAUUCGAAAACGAAAUACUUCUCGGUUCCAGUCCUGGAAUUAAUUCUGACAAUAGACAUACAAAUCUCAGUGGUUCCCAUGAGAGUUAUCCCACAGAUUCAGACACGUUGCCGAAAACACAAAAGAUUCAAAGACAGCUCCCACCGAGCCAGCCUCAGAUGGAUAAAAGUCUAUUCUCCGAAAAUCAAUUUCAAACUCUGAGAGUCACUAGCAGCUUUUCAACUGUACCUGAAUCAGUGUUUAAUCCCAAAGAACCUACGACGCUCUUCGGCCAGAAAUUAUAUUCCUUAUCACCGAAGCCUUUUGAUAAGGACUCAAAAUCAACCACAUCAGAGCGUCCGUUUCUGUCCAAGAAACAUGGCUAUCAUAUAGCUCCGCCGAAUGUUCAACCGGUUGAGACACCAAGGGUGCAUCAGACCUCGGUAUUGAAAUCUGUGACGGGGACUCGUCCAACCUCGGAGUCCCGCUUCCCUAAUCUUUGGACACCACGCCGCGCCGCAACCCGGCUCAGUCCUUAUAAUGAGAUAUGUCAAAGAGUUGAGAUUCCAACAUCACCGGUUGUAUCACAUCGGUGGCCGUCUCCUUUCAUCAGCACUUUGUCACAAGGCAGUUAUCGCGCAAGACAACCCCUAACUACAGCAAAAAGUAGUCUCAGCAAAAUCUUCAAAGAUACCAGGGCUAUUGAUGGAUAUGAUGAUGGUAUCCAUGCUCCCGUUUUCAAUACUCCGUUUCGUCGGUUUUGA